AUGAAAAAACUUUUAUCAUAUAAGACAAAAAUACCAUCUACAUGGACAGAAGAUUACGAUAAAUAUUUAGAAAAUUCCUUAAAUCAAACGGGAAGAAAUUUUAAAAAAGCGAUACAAGAAAUCAAAAAUGAUGAAAAUUUAUUUAGACUAUAUACAGAAAAAAUUUUAAUGGAAUUUUCUCAGCAACAUGUUCGAGAGAUAUUAGGAUAUAAUGAUGAUGACAAUUGUCACGAAGUCUUCCAUGAAACAAUAUCUGAUCAGAUCGACCAAUCGAGAAGACAAGGACGAUCAGAAAGACAAGGAGACAAUGAACAGAAUAGUUUGGCUGUACUUCCAUGGGAUGAAAUCGCUAAGUGCAUUAAAACUCGUGAUGCCACAGAGUGUUUUAAUCGAUCUGUUAAAUUCACUUUUACUGUUUAUAUUAUCUCUUCUAGAUACAUUACAAUCAGGAAACGAUUCAUCACGCAACGUCUCCGUCAAUCCCGAAGCGGUUCUCGUUCUCACCUUCGGAAUAAGGAAAAAAAAGAAAAAUCGUUCGAUUUAGUUCCUUUGCAUCUUAACCAAAAGGUACUCGUCAAGAGUGGCUUAGUAGGGCCAGACACUUGUCAUAGAAUCUGGUUGUCAAAUGGUGAAAUUCAAAGGGAGUCGCUACCAUGGGGCGAUGGUCUCAACGAAGAAGCGUGA